AUGUCUUCUUCUGAUCGCCGGAACACGCCGCAGGCGUCUACUCUCCUCAGCCUGCCCACCGAGUUGCUCGAAGCCAUCUUCAAGGAUGUCUACACGCACGUUGCGCCGCGCGUCCCGCCCUGCCGCGCCCUCUUGCCCUUGCACGACAAGUUGUUGAAGGCUCGCUACGUCAGAGUCAAGAUUGUCGGGUCCGACACGCUCGCGCGCUACAGCAGGGCCGUCCAGACGAGGAGUGCGGUCGGACUGGUGUGCCAGUCGCUCAGGAUCACGAGCAAUGACCUCUUUCCGCACUACGAGCUUUCCGGCAUUGCCUUCCAGAAGUCCUUCCUUCCGCUCAGGAACUUGCGCAAGUUGGAGGUCGACAACACGCAGUUUGUGAUCGCAGUUAUUGAGCACCUCGGAAAGAGUGCAGCCUCGCCCUUCCCGCACCUCUCGUCGCUCGCCCUCACGCCGUCCGAAGAUGACCCGGUCGCGAUCCACACCCUUCGCAAGCUCACAUCGCUCACGAGCAUGACCCUGGCCCUCAGCUGCCCCUUCAUCGCUAUGGAAGAUCAGGACGAGACAAGCGUGACCUCCUUCACGAAGCUGACGUUUAUCAGUCUUGCUAUUCGUGAUGGAGACUUGAGCAGCGUCGUCCAGCUCGUCGCUUCAGCAUCGGCGGUUCGCACCCUCGUCGUCAAGCACUACGCAGCGAACGACGCUUACGGCGCCUUGCUCGAUGCGGCUGCCAAGCUCGGAACUGUCACAAAAGUGACUUUGAUAGGCGCAGUUUCGCCAGUUUCGCCGUCUUGGAAAGCGCCCAAGCAGCUCAAGUCGUUCACUUGCCUCACGAAUCUCACGCUCGGAUCGGGCUGCACGCCGCGCGACGUACCGACGUUCCAGCUUCUCCGCCGCCUUCCCCUCCAAUCUCUCCGCUUUGGUCCCGACACGAUCGUCUCAUCCGACCACGUCCUCUCCCUCAUCACUGGUACCGACAAGCUGGACAGCCUUAAGUCUGUCACGCUCGACAACAUCUACGCGCAUUGCGACGACGUUCACCGGUGGGACUGGCGCAGGGACAUCGACGCCCUCUACCACUGGCUCGAGGAGGGCUACACAAAGCCGCGCUGGACAAAGGCGUUCUCGCGUCAGGGCUGUCAAAAGCUCAUCGACGCCGCCGAGUCGGAGGGGAUCAUCUUGUCGGGCAGCUCGGUCGAAGCGAUCGACAUCGAGGACCACAUCAACAUGCACAAGGAUGACGUUGAGUGCUUCCUGGAGCAUCAGAGGCGUCAUGACCGCCGCGAAUUUGGCUUCAGGUGGUGA